CUCUGUGCUCCAGUCAACACGUCUUAUGGUGAGACGGUUCCACUGAAGGCAUGUCCAGCCAGGAGAAAGGAUGGUUUCAGUCACACAGAAGAGGAGACGCUGUGCUGUGCUGCUUCUCUCACUCGCUCCAUCAAUCUUCCCUUCUCUGCUCACCUCUCUCCUCCCUGCUCUCAUCAUCUCGGUCUGGCCGGUUCUUUCACUAUCUGUCCAAGUGACACAGAAAGCCAUGACGCCUCCUGCUGGUAACAUAUCAACCGAUGCUUUUACCCCUCCUGCAGUCCUGAUUUCAUCCGGCUCCACCAUCAACCCAAUGUCUUCUUCAAACAUCUAUGUUACAACCCUGUAUCCCCCAAAAUCAACAUCAGCUACUUCUACAAUGUCAAUGUCUCUCUUUGACCAAACAUCCUCCACAGAUCUCCUCAUAUCCUGGCCCUCAGCUGCUACAAAAAUAUUUCCCCUUCAGUUAGGCAAAAAAGCCUUUUCUAACAUCCCCAUGUUGCCACUCUACCCCUGCAAAUGCCUAUUGACAUUAUCCCUCAAAACUAUAGGACCACCUCUGCACAAAAACCUUCCAUGUCAUUUGUCCAAAAUGACUUUGUAUCCUCUUCACGCUGCUAAAGUAUUUCCUCCGUCCAACUCGACUUUUCUUCCAAAAACAUUGCCACCUUCCUCUCCACCUGAAACUCCUUCACACAAGCUUCCCUCUCCUGCUCCGACAUCGUCCCUUUCUGCAGCAUUGUCGCAUUUAACCUCUGAAACAUUGCAGCCUCCUCUUGCCAAAGCUUCCCCCAUCCCUCCCCCCAAAACCUCGACAUCCCUUCCAGAAGUGGCGGCCUCUCCUAAGCCUGGACCAUUUCUGCCUCCCUCCCUACCCCACACCACAGGUCCACUGUUUGAGCACCAGCCCUUCUUCGUUAGCUGGAACAUCCCUGAUCUGGUGUGCAACAGGUACAACAUUUCACUGGACACCUCACCCUUUAAAGGAGUGGCCACACCUGCUAAGGUCCCAGGCCAGUUCCUGUCUCUGUUCUACACAGACCGUUUGGGUCUUUACCCACAUGUAGACCUUAGAAGCGGGAAACAGUUCAAUGGUGGCAUCCCUCAGAGAGGGAACCUGAAAGCCAGCAUGGACAAGGCCAGUGCAGACAUUAACUACUACAUCCCAUCUAAGACAAGCCGAGGCUUGGCUGUGAUAGACUGGGAGGAAUGGCGACCCUUAUGGGACAGAAACUGGGGCACAAAGAGAAUCUACCAGACAUUAUCUGUUGCUCAUGUUAUGCAAACAAACCGUUCCCUCACAGCGCAGCAGGCCACAGAGAAAGCCAAACAACAGUUCCAGGUGGCAGCGAGGAGUUUCAUGUCAGGGAUGUUGGCAAUGGGCAGAGCUAUGAGACCCAGCUAUUUCUGGGGCUUCUACCUGUUUCCAAACUGUUACAAUUAUGGCUGGGAGGAGCCAGAUUACACAGGCCGUUGCUCCAAGGAAGUGAGGAGGCAGAAUGAUGAGCUGCUCUGGCUGUGGGAGUCCAGCACUGCCCUCUACCCCUCUGUUUACCUGCAGGUCUCUCUGGCAGACAAUCCCAGAGCUGCCCUGAUGGUGAGAAACCGUGUCAAGGAAACUUUGAGAGUAUCUGCCCUGCCCAGACGGAGUGGCACUACGCCUGUGUUUGUUUACAUGCGACCUGUCUUUGUCGACAACAACAGACGCUUCCUCAGCCAGGGAGACUUGGUAAGCACCAUUGGCGAGAGUGCAGCACUGGGAGUGUCUGGCGCUGUGCUGUGGGGGGCCAGUGCUGACUAUGACGACCAGACAUCUUGUGAAGCCUUCUCAUCCUACCUCUCCUCCACCCUCAACCCUUACAUCACCAAUGUCACCGUAGCUGCACAGCUCUGCAGCAACUUCCUGUGUCAGGGGAAUGGCCGCUGUGUCAGAAAAAACUACAAUUCCAAUUACUACCUCCACCUAAACGCUGAGAAUUUCAGGGUCUUGCAUCUUCAGAACCGCUACUUUGUCCUAGGGAGACCUACCUUCACAGACCUGAAGACUUUGAGUAGGAGGUUUACCUGUCAAUGCUACAAAGGACUGAGCUGCUCUCCAAGGACACACAGUGAGCUAGCCAAGGCUCUUCUAUUUAGUGUGAAGCAAGGGGUGCGCCAAAAGGCUCACACACUGAAUAAAUCCAUGUUAGAUGACUCACAACAAGCCAGUAUUACAAAGGACAAUGUUAAAAAGAACUUGAAAGUUUAGCUUAUAUUAAUUCUGGGAACUAUCCAGUCCUCUCAUAAUCCAGUGCUGAAUAAUUUGUGUGUUUAUUCUACAGCGUGGUUUGCAUUUUUGCUCAAGUGAGUGCACAAAAGCAGAUUGCCUCGCGAUGCAUCCUUAGUGAACCUGGAUCUACUGGCUUGGUUGGGGAGUACUAACUCUGUAGCAGGGUUUUCUGGCAGAAUUCAGUGAUACCAUCAACCAUUUCGUUAUCAGCUCACCUUUUUAAAUUGCUAUGUUGUUGCCUCCAAUCACUGAUACUUUUUGCAGCAUUGAGUGACUAGUGUUAGCAGACAGUGUUAGCAGCUGAUUACUGGCCCGAUUAAAAGGACUCAGGAAGCAUUACUUCAUCUAUAUAAUGUGUAUACUAUGUUCACUGACAGAAGAUGUUCCAUAGUAUUGCCAAAGAACAGUGCUACCAUUCAGGGGUUAUAAUCUCUAAUUAAACGUACAAACAAAUACUGUGCUAUGGCCUUGGCAGUGUGACAAUAUUAUUUCCAUUGUGUAUUUGUAUAUAAUUUGACUGUAUAUGUAAAUAAAUGACAGAGACAGGGAGCAGCAUUGUUGUUGGUUUUCUGUUGAACUUCUAUGGCACAACAAGAGUUCUGUUAAAACUCAAAACUUGAUUAACCAAAUGUACUGAACUAUGCUUUGUUUACUUCAUUUAAUUAGUUUUAAGUGUUUUGGGUUACAUUCUUAAUCUGUAAAAACGCAUUAAACAAAUGAAAAGGUUGGUCA